GAUGAUGGUUAUGUCAGAGUCAGGGGUUGUCAAAUUAAAAUUCUCAGAAUUACUAUUUUGCUAAAAUAAUUAAUAUUGUUGGAUGAGAUUGGUUGGUGGAAUUGCGGAAUCAUGGGGGACGCUGCAAGGGAGAAAUGGGACACAGAGACAAUGAGAGAGCACAGAAAUGACUGGAGCUUGGCAGCAGACAUUCACCUUUUCUCUUAUAUGCAACAGUUUUCUCAGAAUCUGCUAAGCGAGACACACGGGACUUUGAAAUGUCUGGAUAAUUUGGAAUCAGACAUAGCUACAACUUGUGUUGAGGUUGGCAACAUUGGCAACCGGUUCUGGACGCUUUCGGAUACUCAGUUCGUGGAGAACCGAGUGUAUGAUGAUGAUGACAUUACCUCUCCAACUGCCCCACCAACGCUUCAGGUUAACCAAACUGAAGACAAUGAAGCCGUGGUCAUUCAAAGAUUGAGGGAUGCUAUCCAAAACGGAAUUCAUGUGUUGGAUUCAAAGUUUGAAACAGUUCAAGUUCCUGCUAGUGACUCUGAUGAAGAAGACAGCUCUCCUCAUAGUGGUGUUAUACUAAAGCCAGUCAACAGAUACAAGGACAGAAGACUGCCACAUUUGAUUGGGUCUGCUGAGUUUACGGCAGACGACACACUGGGCUUGCGAGAAGUUCCGAGUGACGAGGAAACGGAUGAUUUUAAAAGUGCUAGUGAUAAGAGUAAUGACAGUGUAGAAGAUAGCGAGGAUUCAGAUGUUGAAAGUGACCAACCCAAGGCUCAACAUAUCCUAUUUCCGAAACCAAGCAAUAACACGUUUGACCCUCUCAAUCUCAAACUACCUGGUUUAGAAGCUCAAAUGAGCUCCAAUGCCUCUUCACCACCCUCAGGAGAAGGCUCUUUGGUGACUCACAAGAAGCCAACGUUUUCCAGCUGGCAGCCUACAGAUCUUUGGGCAUCUGAAGAGGAAGACGAGAAACGCCUUGGUGACAACAUUAGGCCAUCAAGCGCCAACAGCAGUAUAUCCUCGGCUCAGAGCUCCAUCAUGUCAGAACCUAUCAAAAAGACGAGUGAAGAUUUUGGAAAAAGUGGAACAGGCAGGCAAGCAGUAUUGGUACAAGAUGAUCACAGUGAUCUAUUUGGUUCUAAAGGGGAAAUAACUCAACCUCAAACAAAAGAAUUUGUUCCUGCUGGAGGUGUAAAAAUAUUUGGUGGAGACUUCAACCCAUUUUCAAAUAGAAACCAGUUCAAAGAUGACCAGGACGAUGGUUUUCUUCCAGCCAUUGAGCCAUCCAGAUCAGAAAAGGAUGAUGUCGAUGAAGACAUUUUUGCAAAGAAAUUUAGUGUCCCCACAAAAUUAUUACCAACAGUUUCUUCCAGUAUACUGAAUAAGAAGAAAGAAAUAAGUUUAUUUGAUGAUGAAGAGGAAGAUGAUCUCUUCUCUAGCAAGUCGAUUGAAUCAAAGACAAAAUCACAACCAUCAUCUUUGCACUCCAGUACCGUUCAAUUUGGCAGCAACAAAAGUGAACCUGAUGAUGAAGGUUUCUUUAGUAAUUCUAGUAUAAUUCCUGAAUCAAGAAAGUCACAUUCCAUCUUUAGUGAUGAUUUGUUUGCCGAUGAAAGUGAUGAUUUAUUUUCUACAACAGAUACAAAUAAACAAAAGAAUUAUAGAACCUCUUCCUCAGUUUCACAAGGCUUUGGUGAUAGUUUGUUUUCAGAUGACAAACCAUCGGCCAAGGGUAUUGGGGCAAGUAAAACUGGAGGCAAAGCUGCACCUCAAAAGCAUCAGCCUCAAAACUUUGGUGGAGACAUCUUUGGUGACGGGGAGGACUUGUUUGGGAAUGUCGCAAAAUUGAAAGGAGAUGAUUUGUUUGGAGAAGUUCCUAUUAAAAGCAAGCCAUCAAGCUCUUUGGUAAACCAAGAAAGUAAAAAAAUACAAGGGUCUAUUAAGAAAGAUCUUUUUGAUGAAAUUUACAAUGAUAAUGACGAUCUUUUCAGCGUUUCAACCAAAAGUUCAAUAGAAAAAAAUCCCCGAAGUCAAACAGUGAAUCAGGAUUCAUUAUUUGGAAAAACCAUUAAAGAACCAUCCAAGUCUGGCAAAGAAGAAUCACCAGAAGCUGAAAAUGGGUUGUUCGGUGUUCCAAAAAUUUCAUCUGAUUUAAAAAAUAAAAAUAUAAAAGGAAAACCAUCUGUGUUGAAACCCAAAAAAGGAUUAGAAAACCGUUCAUUGUUCGAUUCUGAUUCAGACGAUGACCUAUUUUCCUCACCUCAAGGUUCCUUAAGCUCCAGAAAAUCUAUUCAAUCAGUUAAUGAGACUCCUGAGUCAAAUGAUAAAGAAGACAAGAAGAAAUCAAGUGACUCAAACACUUCAAGGUUACCAAAAACAGAUUUUAGUAGCAUUUUUUCAAACUCUCAAGAUGAAACGCCUAGUUUUUUGCUGGAUAAAGAAACAAAAAAACCAAGUAAUCUUUUUGGAGAUGAUAAAGACUUAUUUUCCAGUUUAUCUUCAAAUGUAAAAACUCCUGAUUUGUUUAGUAACAAUUCAUUGCUGUCAAAAAAUUCACUAAAAACAGAAAAAGAUUCUAGUCUAACUUCUGAGGAAAACAAAAAUGAAAUAAAAUCUACCAGUGAGUCAUCUAAAGCUCAAACAAAAACAUUGGUUGAAGCAUUGAAUAAAAAGCUUACGGAAAAAAGUGAAAAAACACCAGUUGAGUCAGGUGCUUUGAAAACAGACAUUUUUAAUGAUAGUCUUUUUGACAAUGAAGAGAAACCAAUCAUGAAAAAGCUGGACCCGCCUAAAACUCUAGACAUAAAACCCAUAUCUGAGACGUUGAUGGGUGAUAAAUCAGAUGAAUCAAAACAAGAGAAUAAAACAGACAUCCCUAAGCCGCCAGUGUCAAAAAAACCAACUCCAAGUGUGACAGUUGAAAAAUCUCUACCAAAAGAUUCCACUGACGGGGAAGUGAUCAGUCCUCCUUCUCCUUCUAAAAUUCCAGGAAAGCUGAAAGCUUCUCAGUUGAUAAAGAUCAACCCUGCAGCUUUGUUGCCUGGUGCAAGACCUUCCAAGGCAGAGUCUCAAGCUCCAAACAUCCCGAAUGUUAGGGAAUCUCCUGAUCCAGAAGUUCCCUCUCCACCAACAGUCUCAACAACUGUCCCUGAUAUGCCUCAAAAAAGCUCACUUUUGCACAGUGUAAAUAAGGAACGAGUGAAAAUUCCAAGCAAGAGACGUCCUUCUUCUCGACGUGCCAGGCAAGAGUCUCUGAAAGCAUCAAUGGUGAUCGAUGGAACAGAGGCUGAUACCACCAGUUCCAAUGUUGUUCCCCCUACUUCUACUCUAAUGAGUCCUUCUACAGAUGAGGAAGACCUCUUUGGCGUCCCUCCCCUGGAUGUUGUAUAUGAUGUCAAAGCAGUGUCUCCCUCUGUCGAUAUUUUUGGUACCCCAACAGUCCUAUCUCCAGUUCAACCAACGACAACAACCACAACCAACCAACCAACAAACAAACUAAUCCCCUCCACAUUUGUCUCCACACCCUUUGUUCAUUCUCAACCUCCUCCUUUAGAUGAAGAUCAAGAAGAAGGGUCCAAUCAUGAAGAUGAUCUAUUUGGAUCACAGAAUAAUCUAAUCAGUAGUCUGACCAAGGAGAGAAAACCGUCACAUGAAGUCCAAAGUAAGAAAACAAUCACAGCAGAAGAUAUAUUCAGUGAUGUGGAUGAGGAUGGGUUGUUUCGUGGAAUAAAAGAAGCCCCUCCUCCACUUGUUGAUGAUGAUAAUGACGAUGAUGAAGAAUACGACGAAUUGUUUAUGACCAGGGAGAAGAAAGAUAAUGUUUUUAGUAAACCACUGCACAGUGGCUCUGUAAUUGCAGCUUUAGAAUCCAUUCCAAAAGAAGAUACCAAACGCUCUGUGUUUUCUCAGUCAACUGAACCAGUUUCUUAUUUUCCUUCUAUAAACACACAAAAAAUGAAAACUGGUGUUGAAAAAGAUCCUCUUUUUACUGCUAGAGAUUUAACUACAACCAGUACAAAUUCUUUAUUCUCCACAUUAGAGGAAUCAAAAGUGAUGGGUACAGAAGAUCCCUUGUUCGAUAGUCCUUUAAAAAACUCAAGUGAGGUUACCAAGGAUACAUUUAAUAACUCAUUAAAGAAAGAUUCAAUAUUUUCUGACUUGAGUAAUGAAGAAGAAUCAUCACUCUUUUCCAAAGUACCAAAGGAAAAAUCUAGUGAAAUAUUUUCUGCUGAUAAGAAAACAACAGCAACACCCAUACAUCCCAAGGUUGAAUCACAGUCUAAAGGAGAAUCAAUAGUUUCCAAUUUAGAUUAUGAAGAAGAUUCUUUUCUCUCUAGUAAAAAACAAAUGGUGUCAACUAGUGAACUAUUCUCAAGUGAUAAUUCAAAAAAUAUUUCUGAUAAACUAGGAACUGAAUUCAAAGAAGACGAAAACCAGGAUUCGGACGAUGAACUGUUUGGGUCACAAAGUAAAGUUAGCACAACGAAGCCUUCAUCUAUAACUAGUGAAAUUAAAGUAACAACUUCAAAACAUAAAGAUGAAAAUGCUAUAAAAAAAGACACUCUUUUUGGUGAUGAUGAAGAAGAAGCCAGUAACCUGUUUUCAUCUGUACUCGACAAAAAGGUCAAAGUAAAAUCUUCUGUCAAGUCAUCGUUAUUCGGAGAUGAAGAAGAUGAUGAUGAUAUUUUUGGUUCAUUGCCUUCAAGUAAAAAAACAGAGAGUAAGGCUGCUCCAUCAACCUCCCAAUCAACAAAAGGGUCAUCGUUAAAAACGAUGAAAACAGGAAAUGUGGGAUCUUCAAAACCUGUUAAACUGGAGACAAAACAAACAUUCUCAGAUCCUUUGUUUUCUCAAGAAGAUCAGUAAUGUUUCCCUUUUUUAGCAAGUGCUCAUUAGUUAAUUUAUUUUGUACAGUUAUUUGAAUUUUUUCAUUCUUUAAAGAGUAUAAAGACCCUUACUAUUUUAGACCUGCAAUGUAUGUAUUCAAAACAACAGUUUUGGCUGCAGUAUGAAACAAUAUUGUUUUUACACACUACCUUUUUUUAGCUUCAACACAUUUAUUUAUAAUUGUUAAUACUUUUUAAAAUAGAUGCCUCAGUUUAUUCUGUAAGAAUGAAAAUCCACAUGAUUUCUGAUCAGGGAUAGCCUCAAGGAGUUGUGAGUUUAUAAUUUAGUUGUUAAAUCAUUGUUUUGAUAAUAUAUGUUUGUAUAAUAUUGUUUUAGAUAUUUAUUUAGUCAUAUUUAGUAAUCAUCAUCUUGUGAUAAAUAAUCAUUAUCCUUUUUAUACAUUUAAACUAUAGUGUUAUAUUUUGUGAUCAUUAUUAUUUAAAAUAAGUUGGUGUUUUUUUAGGCUUUUAAUGUUUUUCAAACUCUUAAGUGAUAAUCAAUUUUUAUAAAUAUUGCAUAAACUGUAUAUUACAAUAAAUAAAUAAAAAAAUAUAUAUAUAUUAUAGUUAUGGGUGUAUAUUGCUGUUAUUAGGAUAUGUACCUUCUCACUGAUUAUUGAUACACAACCGGGUAGGUAAUUAAUUUAUAUAUAAAUAAACAAUUUAUAUAUUAUGUAACUUGUGGUUUUGUCACUUAUUGAAAGUAUGACAACUUGUAAUUAAUUAGGAUAUUUGUGUUAUAAACAAUAUUGCUUCUUAGUCUUAAGAAUCAGUGUUAAAUAAAAAAAAUUAACACAUGUUACCGUUUUUAAAUCAUGAAAACACUAUAGGUCUAAAAAGUUCACUCUAAUAGAUUUUUGAUGUACAAUGUUUACACAAAGUUUCCUGAAAAUGUUUAUUUUUUAAAUGUUCAUACAAAGGCUAUAACUUGAAAGCUUUACUGGCUAACUUCACGAGGCAAAGUAAACUCAGACGUCGACCAAAAGUUUGUUAGUGAACCUCAUGAACCAAUCAACAUUUUAACUACAUUGUACUUGUUGAAAAUGUGUGUUAAAACUUAAAAACAUACCAUUAUGUAUGGCCUGUUAUUGUUGAUAUACAAUUUAUUGUUUUUAUUUAAUUUAUCCUACAAUUAUCAAGAGUGUUGUAUCCAUUAAUAGUUUCUAAGUCACUCUGGUGCAGCCUUAUGAACAAACUCUUUGUGAUAUGACAUUCAUUCUAUACAUGUUUUGAAUUUAUACAAUAUCAUUUGUUUGAAUAUUUUAAACAUUAUGUGAUCAUAUUGGUGUCACUUAGUAAAAUUGGAUAAUUGAAAUAGUAGUUGACGCAACAAUUGUGUUAAGACUAAUUACGCUAGUUGUGUACACUACUUUACCUACGACAGUGUUUAAUGACUAAAAUCACUACUCAUAACUUAUAAGAGAGGUUAUGUUUUCGUUUAUGACCUCUCAUUGCCACUGACAGUGAUGCAAGGAAACAUUGCACCACUCAGGCUACGGCCACACGGGCGGUUUUUCACGCUGGGUUCUUGCGUGAAAAAACGCGAGAAAUAUGAGCAGCAUUAAAUGUAAUGAGGUAUGCCACACGGAGUGUGUUUUCACGCAGAUAAGGCGUGUCUGCAAAAUCACCCGCCGCGGGCCCGCAGAAGAAUGGACUGGGGUGCAUUUUUGAAGCUUGUUUUCACGCUCUGUCCCUGGCCACACAGGCGGGAGCAACACGCAGCUUUGAUCAAGUCGUUCUAGCAAGUAAAAUAAAGAUAAAUGUAUCUAAUUUUUUCCAGGAUAGCGUAAAAUAUUUUUGGGUCUAUCCGAGUACACAGUAGGAUCUUAAACAUAGGUCGACCUUACUGGACCACUUAAUAAUUUGUUACUAAAAGGAAAGGCGUUUGGUUGAACUAAAAAAUGUAAAGAGGCAUUUUUGUAGUAGAAUAUACAUAGAUCUGAUGAAAAUCUUGUCAUAAAAAUAUUUAUAUUAUAUUCAUUUUUUAUAUUAAAUGUUAAAAUAAAAUAAUUUUAGUG